AUGUCCGUAUGUGGGCUAAGCAUGGCCCGGCGCUGGAGCCUGCUGCCCCGGAGCCUGGCCCUCUGGCACUCUGCGGCGCUCCACACCCACACGGCUCAAUGGAACUCCAACCGCAGCAGUGUGGUGCGCUGUGGGAGGCAGCGGUACGAGAGGAGCUUCCCUGUGCUGCUGCUGCGGCCGGACGGCUCCACGGUGCAUGUGCGCUACAAGGAGCCUCGCCGUGUGCUGCUGGUGAGGGGCCAGACUUUGUGUCCCUUAGUCUUCUGUGGCGAGACCUUACACAGUGAGGAUCUCUGUUUGGGACAGUGA